GUUCAGAUUGAGAAAAACACGAAGAACGAGUCAAAAUUGAAGAUUUGAUGUUCAAAACACAGUCAUUUAUUGUCAAAAUAUUGUAUAUAAUAGAAUUAUUUUAUAAAUAGAAGCAAAUAUUUUAUAUAAGGAUAUUUUUUGGAAAUAUUUAUAUCAAAAAUGAACAAAUUUGAUGCCCUCAAACUAGAUGAUUCCAAUAACGAUGACAGUACAGACGACAAGGAAGAUGAAGAUGGAGAUAAUUCAAAAAAGGAAAAUGGAACAAAAACAUUUGAUGCAGACACAGCAGAUGAAGAGGAAUGGAAAAAAUAUCAAGCAGAGCUUGAAGCUAAAGAAGUAAAACCAAAUCCAGGAGAAAAUCCUCUACAAUGUCCUUAUGUGUUUUGGUUUUCGAGACGACCGCCUGGUAAAAUCCAGUCUCCCAGUAAUUAUGAAAACAACAUCAAGAUUGUGGGAAAAUUUGCAUCUGUUGAACAGUUCUGGGCAUUUUACAGCUACAUGGUUAUGCCAGGAGAAUUAACGGCACAUUGUGAUAUCCAUUUGUUUAAAGAUGGUAUCAAGCCCAUUUGGGAGGAUGAAGCAAACAAAGGUGGAGGAAAAUGGAUAGUAAGACUAAGGAAAGGAUUAGCUUCAAGGUGCUGGGAAAACUUGGUGCUUGCUAUGUUAGGGGAGCAGUUUAUGGUUGGAUCUGAAGUUUGUGGUGCUGUUAUUUCUAUCAGAUUUCAGGAGGACAUCAUCUCUAUUUGGAACAGAAAUGCUUCAGACCAAGCAACUACAACAAGAAUAAGGGACACCCUAAAGAGAGUUCUUAACCUACCCCCAAACACCAUCAUGGAGUAUAAAGCUCAUCAAGAUAGUAUGAAAGACAAUUCAAGCUUUAGAAACACCGAUGUUUUUGUUCGAUAAAUACAACAUACACAGAUGAAUUACUCCAACACUGUUUGUACUAGGUGGUGGAAAAUGACCAUGUAUUCUAGGACUCCAUCAGGCACCACCUGAACCCUUUACAAGACCUGUCAAUGAUUGCAUGCUAUACUAAAUAACACAAUAAUACAUAAUAUUAUACAAUAUAAAUGUGGGUUACCAUCUCCAGCUGGUAACCAAGAUUGUUUUACAGUUUUAGUUUUUAUUUAACUACUGCAAAGUUAAAGCUGUAACAUUGCAAAUUGUUCAGGUGGUGAUGAUUAACUCUCUGACAAUAAAAUGCAAAACUUAAA